ACGGACGCCGGUGAGCGGCGGGCACCGCGAUUGACCAAAAGAUGGCGGUCCUGGCACCUUUAAUUGCCCUAGUGUAUUCGAUUCCGCGACUUUCACGAUGGCUGGCCCGACCUUACUACCUUCUGUCUGCCUUGCUUUCUGCUUCCUUCCUACUCGUGAGAAAACUGCCGCCGCUGUGCCAUGGCCUUCCCACCCAACGCGAAGACGGCAACCCGUGUGACUUUGAUUGGAGAGAAGUGGAGAUCCUGAUGUUUCUCAGUGCCAUUGUGAUGAUGAAGAACCGCAGAUCCAUCACUGUGGAGCAACAUAUAGGCAACAUCUUCAUGUUUAGUAAAGUGGCCAACGCAAUUCUUUUCUUCCGCCUGGAUAUUCGCAUGGGCCUGCUUUACAUCACACUCUGCAUAGUGUUCCUGAUGACAUGCAAACCCCCGCUGUAUAUGGGCCCUGAGUAUAUCAAGUACUUCAACGAUAAAACCAUUGAUGAAGAACUGGAGCGGGACAAGAGGGUCACUUGGAUUGUGGAGUUCUUUGCCAAUUGGUCUAAUGACUGCCAGUCAUUUGCUCCUAUCUAUGCUGACCUCUCCCUCAAGUACAACUGUACAAGGCUAAACUUUGGGAAGGUAGAUGUUGGACGCUACACUGAUGUUAGUACAAGGUACAAAGUGAGCACAUCACCCCUCACUAAGCAACUCCCUACCCUGAUCCUCUUCCAAGGUGGCAAGGAAGUAAUGCGGCGGCCACAGAUUGACAAGAAAGGACGAGCUGUUUCUUGGACCUUCUCUGAGGAGAAUGUGAUUCGCGAAUUCAACUUGAAUGAGCUAUACCAGCGGGCCAAGAAGCUGUCAAAGGCUGGAGAUGAUAUCCCUGAGGAGCAGCCUGUAGCCCCAACCCCCACCGCAGUGCCAGAUGGGGAAAACAAGAAGGAUAAAUAGGAUCCCUCCUUGUCAAUGCUUCCUCUCCUGUCAACUCCAGGCGCCUUUGAGGCCCUGCUCCUGAUCUGUAACCACAAGCCUUGCCUGAGACUGAGGCCUUUUAUUUAUGUUUUCCCUGUUUGGCUGUGCCUGGAUUGGGCAGGGUGCUGCUUCUGAUUUUAAAGAGGCAUCCAGGGAAUUGUCAGGCACCCUACUGGAAGGCCUGCCCUGCUAUGGCCAACUGUUUCACUGGAGGAAGGGAGAGAUCUCAUGUGAUGGAGGAGGAAAUGGUUUCACUCCAAGCUCGAGUCAUUGUGUUAACUGCUGUCCACCACUCAGACAUCACCACCACCCUGUGGUUUUAUUAUUCCUCUUAGAGGACCUACACAGCCUAGUUAGACAAAAGGUGCCUGGGUAUAGAGUGAUAAGAAUUUUCCCUCAAGGACUUCCUUAGCUUCCUUAGGCCCUUCUGGCUUGUUCUAUAGCCUCAGGAAAAGUAUAAACCUAUUUUGUCACAAGGAGAAUCCUUUAACCACAGAGUUUUCAUCACCGAAGAGGGUAUUGAACAGUCCCCCUAUUUUGCGGGAGAUUGAGAGGAAAGGGAAUAGAGGCUUGAGACUUUUUUUGUGUGGUGUGACCUAGAAGAGAAAGCCCCUGGGCUUCAUUGGGGUUUCACUAACCCUCCUACCUACUCCCCACACCCAGUUAGUUGAUGGUUUUCCAUAAUAAAAAGACUGGGAUUUCCUUUUGA